AUGCGUGCUUUACAGCCUAGGAGCUCUAGCACACAGCAAGCUCGCAUUGAAACCAAUAACGGACUGAGGAAGGUGUUAGCUAGUCAGAAGUCAGAGAAGAGGAAAAGUUCAUCGUCCAAGGCUGGAAUAAAGUCUCAGGCUGCCGCCAGCUCUGCAUCGAGCAGCUCAGAUAAGAACGCUGACAAGAGUCUGGUCAAAUCUAAGAUUCCAAGCAGCGCAGCUUUGGCUCACCUCCGAAAGCACGGUCUAGCAGCAAACAGCCCUGACUCAGGCUAUAAGUUUAAGUUCAAGGACAGUGCCAAGACGGUCACCAGCAAGAUUUUCUCUAUCUUGCCUGCACUUGCCACGUACUUGAUCCGCAAAUAUUUGUGGCUGAAAAAUCUGCGAAACGAGGAUCAUGCUCAGACUCACAAGCUACCCUUUGUCCUGCUCAGCUCUGCUAAUAGAGCGCUGUUCAUAUACUCAUCUUCUGAGUUUGAUGGACAGCAAAUAUGGGACGCCUCAAAAAAAAACAGGCAAAGGUUGGAGAAGCUGGAUGCUAUAUAUUAUAUCGGUCCUGGGCAGCAGCACAAGUGCGGAGAGCAAAGAGUACACCCCCAAGAAAAAAUUGCCCACGCAGAAAGGCAAGGCUCCAGCUCUAAAAAGGAUAAGCAGCGUGCUGCCAAGCGCAAAGCUACGGUCUUCUCCGAGCCUGAGGUGGACUCUGACAAUGAACAUGUCAAGAUAAUCACAAAAGAUAAGAGAAAAGGAAGAGCUAGAGAUAGUAGCGAGAGCCCAUCUGAGCAUGCAGCAAAGCGCCAAAGACCGCUAUUCUAUCAGCUAAACGCAGGAUCAGACAGCCUAGAGUACGAAGAACAAGACACCCUCACUGAUAAAGAGAUAGAAGCUGGGCUAUUCCCAACUCACAAGCCUGCGUCGAGCGUACAGGACGCCACCAACGACGUCCACUUCAGGCUGUCGCCAGAGGUCGAGACUCAGGCAGCUAGCAACGCUGAGGCUCCUGAGCAGCUGGGCACCGCCAUGCCACCAGGGGCGGAAGAUUUUGGAGACGUAGCUCCUGAGCAAGACGACGAUCACGCAGACGUUAUAGAUCUUACCAAAGAAGCUCCUGCGAUCACAGGUCUUACAGACGUCACAGGUGAGGCUGACAAGGCAAGGACGCCACCACCACAACAGGAUCUACCGCCUGUCAAAUCUCCAGAUUCGCUCAUGGUCCAAAUUGAUCCGUACAACAGGCCCACUGGCUACACCUUCAUGUACUUCAAUCCUUAA